AUGCACAUUCUUCUGCUGGGAACACUAGAUACUAAACAUGCCGAAAUCCUAUACCUGCACCACCAGUUGAAGCAGAUCGCGUCUGGCUUGUUGCAACCACUCCAAAUCACCCUGAUUGACUGCGGCUGCUCAAACACCAUCGACGAAGCAAUCACUGUCACCCAUUCCGAUUUGAUCAAAAAAUAUGCACCUUCCAGCGCAGAGAUCCGAAAGCUCCCCCGAGGAGAGGCGGUCGAGUUGUUGAUCGGCUAUGUCACCCGCUGUGUGCAGGAUUUGUUAGAAAUCGGACCUAUCCACGGCAUCUUAGGUGCAGGCGGAAGCGGAGGCACGAGUAUAAUCUCCGCAGUGAUGAGGUCGACGCCCAUUGGUCUUCCCAAGCUCAUCGCCAGCACGGUUGCCUCAGGCAAUACCAGCCCCAUCGUCGGAGAGUGCGAUAUCACCCUGAUGUACUCUGUGGUCGACAUUGCCGGGACGAAUGGGCUCUUACGCGAUGUUCUCGAUAAUGCCGCUGGUGCUAUGUUUGGAAUGGCGUCAGCCUACCAGUGCCGUGUAUCAGCAUCCGCCGAACGUCAAGAAUCGCAAAUUCAAAAGACACGGGUUGGCAUCACCAUGUUUGGUGUCACCACUCCAUGCGUGGACCGGAUAAGAUCCCACCUGGAAGAAAACUAUCCAGUCGAGGUUUACAUAUUCCACGCUACGGGUCACGGUGGCAAAGCGAUGGAGCGUCUAGUUGAAGAAGGUCGCCUGGAUGCUAUCCUCGACGUGACAACCACCGAAAUAUGUGAUUUGGUCGCUGGCGGAACUAUGAGUUGCGAGCCCGAUCGUCUUGAAACGAUGCUGAAGAAAGGUAUCCCGACUAUCAUCUCUGUUGGAGCCACGGACAUGGUGAACUUUGGGCCAAAAGAAACGGUGCCACCUCAAUAUCAAGACCGAAAGCUGGUGGUUCAUAAUCCUACAGUCACUCUGAUGCGGACUUCACUAGAUGAAUGUCGAAAGGUUGGGGAGUUUAUCGUCGACAAAGUAAAGCGGUUUGCACAAGAUCAAAAGAGAGUCGAAGUUUGGUUUCCUCGUGGUGGCGUUAGCGUUCUGGCGACCCCAGGCUCCCCGUUUGAGGAAUCAGAGGUCGAUUCGGCCCUCGCUAAUGCUGUGAAGUCUGGGCUGAAAGACACCGAGACUCAUGUGGUAUGCGAUGACCGGGAUAUUAAUAACAGCGGGUUUGCUGUUGACAUCGCCAAUCGCCUCAUGGACAUGGUGAAGGCGAGCAACAUUUUAAUCAAUCUCUCUUCCUCCCAGUCCAGAGAGUACCAGCAACCAACAGCCUACCGCAGAAUGGCAGAGAUUCCAGAAUUCAGGAACCUGUCUCUUGAAAGACAUGGCAAUAUCUUCGUCCUGACUAUGCAGAAGCCCCCCGAGAACAAACUCAGUCAAUCAUUCUGCCAGGAAAUGAUUCAGGCCUUCCGCGCGGUGGAAAGCAUCUUGGGAUCGAACUCGGAGGGAGCAUUAAUCACACGAAGCGGCGACGAUAAAUUUUGGUGCACACUGAUUCACACGAUUCUUGACUUCUCAUUCCCGACGAUCGCCCUGCUCAACGGGCACACAUUUGGCGCUGCCUGCCUACUUGCUCUAGCUCAUGAUUUCCGAGUAAUGAAUGCACGCCGGGGCUUCAUGUGUUUACCUGUCGUGAACAUGGGUCUACACUUUGAUGGAAUCGGAACAUUACCUCGUCUCAAACUGCGUGCACCGAUUGCUCGUAAAUUGGUCCUUGAGGCCCAUCGGUGGACGGGCCCAGAGGCAAUGGAAGAUGGGAUCGUGGACACUUUGGCACAGCCCGAGGAGAUGCUCCAAGUCGCUCUCGAGAUGGGAGCCAAGUGGGCUCCCAAGGCAAAGAUGGGGGUUUAUGCGCUCUAUCGACAAGAGCUUUGGGGCGAGGCUACCAAGGCAUUCCAGGCAAUCAGUUAUGUUCAUGGGCGGCCAAUUUCAACACUUGUCAGAGCCAAGGUUUAA